AUUGUUGUUGUUAAAAAUCUUGCUAAAAAUAAUUUAGCGUUUCGAGGAACUAAUGAAAAAAUUUAUCAAAAAAAUAAUGGAAAUUUUUUAAACUUAAUUGAAAUGAUUGCAGAAUUUGAUCCAAUAAUGCAAGAACAUGUUCGUCAUAUUCAAAAUAACGAAAUUCAUUAUCAUUAUCUUGGGCAUAAUAUACAAAAUGAACUCAUACAACCAUUAGGACUUGAAAUAAAAAAUACAAUUAUUGAAAAAAUAAAAGUUAAAGAUACUACUGGAAAAGGUUUAUUUGAUGUGCAUAUAAAUGCAAUUAAGGAUUUUAAAUUUGAUAUAUCUAAUAUAAGAGGAUAA